AUAAUAAAGAAAAAACGCACGCAGUCGGUCGCGCGUGUACUGCCCAUCCGUACGGGCGCUACACACAGUUCGUUAUCACCAGCGAAGGAGAGCGAGCGCUUUGUUCUGCAUCGCAUCAGUUGGUGCAGCUCCGUUUGUGGGCCGUUGAUAGAAUUUCACAAGAGCGCUGCGACAGAUGCGACUCAUUCUGCCGAUCAUCGCGGCCGUGCGAGGAACGACGAGCCGCUCGGAGCGUUUAGUGUAAUUGCAUUUAUUAGGCCACCGUUUUUCGCCCAAAUUUUCCUUCCUCUCCCCCUUGCUGAAGUGAAGAAAGUUUGCAAGCCCGCAGGGGGUGGCAAUUCUGCAGCGCAAACGUUUGUGCUGCAGCAAAACACGGCCUCGGAAAAGUCAUCUCGUCACCGUGUGUGUGUGUGUGCUAAAAAUACGUUCCCUUUCUUCCACCUCACCAAAAAGAAAAAAAACCUUGUGUGUGUGAGUUUUUUUUUGGCUUUCAUUGCGCGUACAUUUUCCACUCCGUGAAAGCCGCCUAUGACGGACGGACGCUUUUCCUUCCAAUCGUUGCAUCCGCCGCACGAAACAAACCUAACACCACUACCACCAUUAAAAGCGUUUGCAAAUCGCAAAUCGGUCAAAGGAGGAGAAAGAAGGAAAGAAAAACGAGGCCAAAGAAAGUCACACACAUCGUUGGCUGAGUGAGCGGAAAAGCUGGGCCAGAUUCCGGCGACUCCUCCCGCCGACGAGACGAGAUUGGCGAACGAAAUCAAACACUUUUGUAGGUGCCAUUGUGUGUGUGUGUGUUUGUGUGUACAAUUUCCACACAUUUGGAAACGCGUCCAGCGGCGGUGCCAGCAACACAUAGGAGGCGGUGAUGGUGGGAAAAUUGUUUGAUAUCGCGCGUCAGAAGCAAAGGGGUUGUUUAGGCAUCAAAUGACGCGUCUUUUGAAGCACCGAGGACGACGUGGAAAUUACUCUUGUGUGUGUGUGUAUUUUUAAUAUUUUAUUUCCUUCGUUUUGUUGUCUACAGUCUUCAUUCUCGUCUAAACUCACGUGUGUUAUCAGUGUUUCCGGGAGCUUGAACCCGAGUGUAUGUGAAUAAUCUGGAACAAGAAAAAAAAAACAAAACCAAAAUCAACGCCCUGUGCUACGUAAUCUUGUAGUUUUGAACGCAAUACAAAACCCGCCGUAUAAUAGUGUGUAUGUGUGUGUGUUUGUGGCCAGCUCUUGGUGUUCACAGCCUCCCAACAGCCACACAAAGGCCGAUAGAGUGUGUCGUCAAGCAACCCGUGUCAAGGCGGUCUCCGUGACCACUCUCCUCGUUGAUGGACAAGCGACCGUCAGCGAGCCGAACAAAGUAGUCGCUGCUGUGAAGAAAGAGAACCCCCAUCUUCAAGCUCUCCAGAAGCAAUGUCUAUUUUCAUCCGGCAAACUGCACCAAGCUGCUAGAAAAAGAUUAUUUACCCGUGAUCGAAAAUAGUUGAAUCUACCCGCCUCCCCCCACCCGGCAGGCGGCAAACCGAGCAGACGAUGCAAAUGCGCGGGGCCAACGACGCUCUUGCCACGGUGCAGCAUCCCUUCCCGCAGCAGCAGCAGCAGCAGCUGAACCCGUGCGGCACGAGACAACUGCAGCGGACGGAGCCCGGAACCGGUGCGAUGGUAUAAUAGAGUCGCUUACCUUCCAAAAAAAGCGAGAAGCAACCACUCCGAAAAGGGGAGUGAAUCACAUUUAAUAAGACACAGACAAAACACCAGCCAAGCUCACACACCAGAAAGAAGGAACAGGUAGGAAGGAGGGACACAGACAGACCCCCAAGAUGGAUUGGAUUAUCAACGAUGAGCUCGGGCUGACGGUGGGCCAUCUGGUGGGCUGGACGUCGGCCUCGUUCAUGGUCGUCGGCGGCGUCCUGCCGUACAUCCCCCAGUACCGGCAGAUAAAGCAGACGCAGGACCCGGAAGGCUUCUCGCUGCACGUCUGCCUUGCCCUGCUGGUGGCCAACACGCUGCGAAUACUGUUCUGCAAAUUGUAGGAGAGGGUGCACUUGGAAUUCUGGGGACCAUCUCGCACCCGGAAAUUCGCCGGAUGAUAUAAAAGCGGAUACUUAAGCACAUUCAUCCCUCCGCCGUGGUGCAAGGAUUAGCGUGCGGGCGCAGAGAGCGUAAAAUAUUCUCAAAAACACUCCAAUCGAUCGCGUCAGCGGAAGGGGAAGGGAAGAAGUAAUAUUUCUCCAACCUUUUGCAAGGACAUUUUUCCGAAGGGCCAUUUUUAUCCAACCCGACGAAGAGAAUGUCUGUGACCUUUCCGUGCGAGACCAAGCCCAGCCCCUUUUUUGGUGUUUUGUAUAGAAAUUAGGCUAAAAGGUAGCAUUCUUUCGAUUAUUGGAAGAGUGAAACGACCCGGAUGUCCGGUCCCGGACACAAGGCACUGGGUUGUAGUUGUAGAAUUCGAUUCGAUUAGGUUAAACGUAAUGUGAAAGCUGAGAAGCCUGAAAACAUAAAAUCAGAUAACAAUCACCCACUGCCCAACGUAGUGUAGGGGCCGGGGCAAAAAAACGGGAUUCACAAUUUCUUCGCCAGCUCUAUCGUCUUCUAACGCGAGGCCUUGGAUUCUGGCUGACCCAGGGCGGGACGGCGGGUCUUAUCGGUAGCAGUGACCGGGCCCCAAGGCAAGGGCAGUAGAUGAUGGAAUGGUAGCGCUUUUUUGGUGCCGGUUCAUUGUGGCGAUUGUGGUAAGCGAUUCUACUGUUUAUCGCUUGAGUUAAUGCGUGAAUAAGUGGAGUGAAAACACCAUACUGUACUGUUAAAAAGGCAGUCGCAGUAUGGAAUUUUAUAUUUAGAGGUUUUUCUAAACGGUGAAUCAUUCUAACAGGGCGACAAAACUGUGUUGAAUCAGAAUGGCAACAAUCUUCUGUUGUAUUGGCGUAACAAAGAGCAUUGUGUUUGAUGUUUGCAAGGUUCACAAAGCCCAUUUGAACUGGAAAUCAUUCAAUUUCAUUGCUCAGAAGAGAUCUAGAGGGAAAAAAUGACUCAACUCAUAAUUCAAUACAACAAGAUUACAUUUUUUUAAUUUAAAAUGUCUAAAAACUGUAAUUUACAAGUUUGGUUAGUAAAUACCUAAAUUGUAAUAGCAUUACUUGUACCCGAGUUCCACAAAAUUAUGCUUACUCACACACUUAUCACACUACCUAUUCCGAUGGCCACUCGAUUGCAAAAGCCCCACACCACACCUCGCGAUAAAUAGCCCGCGUUGAACGAACGGAUUGCGAGGGUGUGGUAGGGGUGGUGGGAGGCACUGGUGCGAUAAGAUAAGCGCACGCAAAAACUAGCGCAACUCUAGCCACCGGCCGCCGACCGAUAGAGGCUUUACCGAUAGAGGCUCGGGGUAGAAAAUAGAUGAAACAUUUCCUUCCGCAAAUCUCUCUCUCUCUCGAGCCCCCAUUUUUCGAGUGGGCGGAUGAAAUGCAUGCAAAAGAAAACACUCAUUAGUCUCUUUACCCUCCUCCUCUUGAUAAUAGACGAUCGUCACCCCCAGCACAGUAGUUAGCGAUAUACACGCAAAGGUGUUUGGCGCGCGCGGUACGAGGUGUUAAAACAAAUGGAAACAAACGCAAUAGCAAGCGCAAUUGCGCGCACAUCAACAUCCAAUCCGCAUUGGACGCAAAUUACGACCCCUUUGGUGCGGGGGGAGCGUGUGUGGGCGCGCACCUCGCUGUCGGUGUGCGAUGUAAGUGCGGAUGCGGAUGCCUUCGCGGGAAGAUGCAAAUAAUGGAAGGUUGGUAGUGGCUGCAACGUGCAAAACGUGCGAGCGAGAACCAUUUGCAUACCGGCGGGGGCCGGUUGUUGGUAUGGUUAGAGCUGAGAGUGUUGCCCCACGACCGGACCGAGGGGCGCUUCGAUUGUUGGGCCGAAAGUUGGGCCGAUAACCUGGCGAUCGAUGCGCGUGCGGCGUGGAGAGUUUGGCCGCGUAGAGUGAAUGACGUUAAUAACGGACGAAUCGUUUUCGUAGGAGAGAAAUUGGGGAGCUUUUUUGAUGAAACAAGUUUCAGCAAAGAAAAUAGUUUAAAAUCAGUUCUAUCUCAAUAUUUAUUUUAAUGGCCAAUUUCUCUGUUCUAUAUCUACAAUUAAACAGAAUGAACAUGGUUGUUUUUGGAUAGAUUUGAAAUUUGGAUUUUCAUAACACGUGCGUAAGCAAAUUUCAUAACAAAAUGGAAACGACACGUUUCAAAUUGAACUCAAUGAGCUGCAUUACGUUUGAAUGCUUUCAAUUAUGCGUUUUUUUUUAAUUUAAUUGUUGUAUUAUCAAAAUUUACCUAUUUUUUUAUUUUUUAUUUUUGUAUACAAUGAUAUUAAACAUCUGCAAAUAAUUGGGAACGUGUAAGUCCAUUUUGCAUUACGAGAAUUUUUCGUCAUGGAAUUGCAUGGAAUUUAAUCGAGAACGUUGAAUAAAUUUUCACAAAAUAAAGUUUUUUAGGGGCAAACGGGGCAAAAUGAGCAUGUGGGUUAAAAUGGACACCUUCUAGUUAAGCAUUAUUUCACGGCUAAGGUAAAAUCCAAGGCUCAAAAUGUAUUAAUUGGAGUGUUCUAUGAACAGCAUGUAAGUUUUAUAACCCGUCAUUAACAAAAAACUAAAAAAAAAAAAAAACA